UGACUACUGCGGCGGUGUUGUAUUAUAAUUUAUAAAAUUAUCAUAUUUUAAUGUCGCGCGCCUAUUCCGCGCCGUAAAUAGGUAUAAUCACGCGAUUUGCAAUUCAAAUCGGUCCGCGCCCGUAACCGUCGCGCUGAGCAGUCCGACUGCACGGCGACUCGCGGAGCACCGCAAUCGCAGUCGCGCCGUCGGCCAAAGACCGUUUUCGACCGUACGGCGACUGCAGGCGGCCGUUACCCGGUCGUUUUCCACGACGACAACACGACAACGACCGCGCCGUGAGCGAUGGAGUGUAUGUCGCCGUCUCUGAUGUGCUGGCUGUGGUGGUCGGCGAACGCGGCCGCGUACUGGGUGGGCGCGGCGGUAGUCGUCCGCCGGUUUCUGGUGCCGUGGUCGUGCUGGCUGGGCCGCCGCGCCCUGUGCUGGUGCCGGUACGCCCUGUCGAGCGUCCGCGGUGACGCCGGGCCGGACAUGCCGCGUGCCCCGCCCGUGUGCCGGUGCUGCGGUGGCGUGUACUUUGACGACAUGGCCGGCGGUUGGGCGGUGGUGACUGGUUGUACCGACGGGAUCGGCAAGCAGUACGCGAUACAGUUGGCUGACCGUGGAAUGAACGUGGCGCUGGUCAGUCGGAACGCGGACAAGUUGCGAGCCAUAGCACAGCAGAUCCACGAACGGCACGGGGAUCGCGUGAAGACUAAAACCGUCGUCGCGGACUUCACAUCGUUAGGCGGCGACGUCCCGCUGGCUAAUAGUUACAACGAGGUGCGGCACAAGCUGGGCCGUAUGGACGUGCGGCUGCUGGUGAACAACGCGGGCGUGAGUUACGCGCGACCCGAACGGCUGCUCGACCUGGCGCCCAGCUGUACCGGCGCGCUACCAGACCCGUGCCGCGACGUGGUCGAGUGCAACACGCUGGCCACCGUGGCCAUGUGCCGCAUAGUCAUGCCGCUGAUGGUGGACGGCGGCUGCAGCGGCGAAGACGCGGACGGAGACCGGCCGCAACAGUCGGAGCACCCCGCGACCGAACACGUCACGACGUCGCAUAGACGCGGGGGCGGCGGCGGCGUCGUCAUCAACGUGUCGUCGGCCUCGGCUCAGCUCCCGUGCCCGCUGCUCAGCGUUUACGGCGCCACCAAGGCGUUUGUGGAAAAGUUUUCGGUUGAGCUAGCGGCCGAAUACGACGUUGCGGACUCGAAGCAACAGAUCGGGGUCCGGUGCCUGACGCCCGGGUUUGUGGCCACCAAGAUGAGCAGGAUCCGAUCGACGACCACCGACGACACGAGCUGGAUGUACGCGCCUUCGCCGCAGUCGUACGCCAGUCACUCGCUCCGGGCGUUGGACUGUCACUGCGCGUGCGGCUGGACGGUGCAGCGGCGGCCGCGCGCGUGGACAGACCGAAACGGCGGUAAGGCCGGACCGGGAUUGUUGGAGCGAACGGUCAGCGCCGUGUUCGACUCGCCGUCGUCGCCGAUGUCGGCCGGACGGUCCGGCGUCACGACCACCGGUUACCCGUCGCACACGCUCAUGCUGAUAGCGGUGAACGCAGUCCGAUGGAUAUUCGGCAACGAAUAUUUGACAAGUGCCGCUGGUCGGAUGAUGUGCGGUGUCCGGGACCGGAUAGCGAGACAUGAAUCAGCCAAGAUGCAAAAACCUACUUCCAGCGCCGAGUCCAAAAUCCAAAGUCGCGGGGCUAGAAUUCACGACUAAAGGUUUUCGAUUACAAGAUCGAUAACUAUGCGGUUGACCGUCCUCAUACAUCGCGAUAUCGAACACAACUGUACGUUUUAAAAGGGUUAUCAUCACGAGGGAGAUCUGUGAAAACAUAAUAUUUCUGGGGUGCCCGAAACCUUGAUCAGCCCAUAGAUAUAUGGGCACUCGAUUGUUGACGAAUUUCUUUUAAUAUAUAAAUUGAAUUAUUUAUUUUGUUUAAUGGUCAAUGGUUAUUAUAUUGUUUUUGUAUGACACACGGUGACUACAUGUCUAUGUAUACAUUGUACACGCACUGUAGAUGUUUAAUAUACGCACUAUAGAUAGUAUAUUUUAUUUGACAAAGAAUAUCAUAUUUUAUUAUUUUUAAGCUUCCCUGAUAGAGCAACCAGCCCAUUUACCGAUUACUUAAUGUGAAUGCUAUUGUUUCGGAAUAAAAUCAAAACACACAGAA